AUGCGACUUACGCAGUGCGACAUUUGUCAAAAAACGAGGGCACGAAAUUUUUGUCCGCAACUGCGUUGUCUUAAGUACAUGUGUGAGCCGUGCUGGCAACGAGCGCACAUGGACUUGGAUAAUCUUAGUGGACACCUUCCCAUGGUUCGUUCGCCGCCGAUACGUACUCGUUUUUCAACGAACAAUGCUUCCAUUCCUUGCAAUAAUCAUAAAAUACAUGAUGGGAUAUCAGGACGAGCACAGAAUAAGGUGAUGGAAGUUAGCGAAAAGGCUGAAGCUAAUGCCCGCAAUUUAUAUCGAUUUUUGAACUCUCUUCCGAUUACGCCGAUGCCAUCACUUGAAUGUGAUAGUGAACCAUCCAGAGAUUGGAACACCGAUUGUGGCCUUUUCGACGGUCGUGGACCACCUCCACAUUAUGGCUCUCGUCUCGUCACAAAUACGGUCCAGCCGUCUGCACGUCGAUGUAAUUUCAAGAAGACUGGUUCUGAAUCAUACUCUCGUCACAAACUCCAAUCCUUCCCAAUCAACGUUGGAGUGGAGGAUCCGAGAACACGCUUGAGUUCUAUUCAACUGCGUUGGCAGCAGGUGGUCACUCGUGGUCAGAUCGCAUUUCAGCAUUCGCCGAUACGACAUACUCAAGACCUGUAG